AUGCACAUUAUUACAUUCCUGAUGUUGCCACCUGUUCCUAUUCCUCGCAUCGCAGAGCAACAUAGUACCAUGUCAGAAGAGCAAAUACCACUACAAUGUACCCCUGAUUCUAUCCAGACCGUGACCAUUGAUGACUGUGCCACCCAUACUCCACCUGCUAAUAAUUCACAGAUGGGAGAGUUAAUAAACAAGCAAGUUGAAGCUAAACGAGUGAGGGAUUGUGCGCGAUACGCAAAUAUGACACCUGAACAUAGGCGAGCAAGACUUGAUCGUCAAAAGCUGUCCUAUGCAGUGCGACGCAACACCCUUAGUGAGAAGCAGAUUGAAGCAAGUCGCGAACGUCGAAGGGUGCAUAAUAUGACACCCGAAGACAAGCAGGCAAAGAGAGAUCGCGAUAAAGCAUGGAAAGAGUUGCGUUGCAACACUCUAAGCCAGGAUUCCAUCGCCAUGCAGAACCCAGUGUAUGUCCCUAAGGUUGUGCCACUCGCUGUGGAUGCAUCCGGUCCACAUGGAUCCACAGUCACACGUGAUUGGUCGAUUCCUGCGGUCAAAGGUACCCCUAUUUACAUCCAGUCAGCAUGUGAGCAGAUGCCGGACAUGGAGAUCCCCGAUAUGACUGCCAGUCAAAUAUCAUGUAGACAACGUGUAAUACCUGGAGAAAGGCAAGCAUUGCUAGCCCGUCGUAACGAGCACUUUGCAACAAGGCGUGACAAGAAACAGACUGCCUUGAUAGAAGAAAGUCCAGCUGAGAGUGCGGAAGACGUCAAAGGUUUAGAACCUCCAACACAAUCAGUUGUCAUUAACAAUGAAAAUACCCCUCCGGCCCCUCAAACUGACAACACUACCACGCCUCCAACACAGCCACCAGUUAACGAUGAUGGUGAUGAUGAUGGCGUCAUAUUCGAGGAGGACUCCGAACAUGAGGAGGGCUACAUGUUCGGUGGUCAAGACCGAGACACCGAUGAGGAUGUCGAAUUCAAUCAAGCUAACAACGCCUCUGCUUCUAUCUCUAGCGUACUCGAUCUGUACGACCACGUGUAUAGCAAUAUACCUCCAGCCACGCACAUGCUGAAGCCUGGUGAAAACUGCCAAUAUUGCAAUGCGAAGAAGUUCGAGCAUGAGACAAAGGGUUUUUGCUGCCGUAAUGGAAAUAUUAAACUAUCCACCCCAGAUACGCCAUCCGAGCUCAUGAGACUCUGGUCGAGUUCAGACACUGAUGCUAGGCACUUUCGUGACAACAUUAGGUUUUUCAACGGUCAUUUCUCAUUCACCUCGCUCUACUGUCACCUUGACAGUGAGACCACUGACAUGAGAAAACAUGGUAUUUAUACGUUUCGUGCCCACGGCCAAAUGUACCACAACAUACGGUCGUUCGGUACAGAUGGUUCAGAACCAAAGCACCUGGAGCUUUACUUCUACGAUGAUGAUCCCAAUCUAGAGCUUCGGUUUCGUCGCUGUCGCAAAGAGCUGUACCAGCAAGACAAUGAUGUCAUCAGAAAGUUGGUUGAUAUACUACGUGGCAACCCGUACUCUGAACAACUCCGGAGUAUGGGACAGGUUGAGGACCUUGAUGACUAUUGUGUGACACUGAACCUUGACCAUAGGUUGGACCAGAGAACAUAUAACGUGCCGGCCACUUCAGAGGUUGCUGCUGUUUGGGUUGAGGGGAGCGACCGCCGAAGGCAGUUUGAGAAUAGCGUUAUCCUACAAGGGAAGAACAGAGAAGUAUAUGGCAUCCGGUCAUAUCAUGGAUGCUACGAUGCACUGUCAUACCCUCUCUUCUUCCCUAGAGGCAAACUUGGCUGGCAUACCGACAUCCCAAAGGUCGGUGUGUCCAUCGAUCAGGUGAACGCGGCUCGUGCUGCUCGUAAGGCUCGUGGUAAUAAUGAUGAGGACCCAGAUUCUGGUGGCAGGCUAUGCGUGUCCGUGCGGGAUUACUACUGCUACAAAUUCCAGAUUCGGCCAGAGAUAUUCAACCCAAUGUUGUUUGGCAAGCGUCUUUUUCAGCAAUUCGUGGUCGACACAUACAUCAAGAUCGAGAGCUCGCAGCUGGACUACAUAUGGGCUCAUCAAAAGGAGUUAAGGGCGGACCUGUACCAAGGCUUGGUGGACAGCUUGCAUGCCAAUGAGGGAAGAGCGGACGCUGUUGGAAAACGGACUGUAUUGGCUACAUCAUUUAUUGGAGGACCUCGAGACAAGAGGCGUCGGUACAUGGAUGCUAUGGCUUUAGUGCGGAAGUACGGGAAGCCAGAUGUCUUCCUUACAAUGACAUGCAAUCCAAACUGGGAUGAGAUCACGCGCGAACUCUACCCUAGCCAGAUACCCCAGGAUCGUCCUGAUCUCAUUGUGCGUGUUUUCAGGGCGAAGCUAGAGGAACUAAAAAGGCAGUUGCUUCAAAAGGACAUUCUUGGCAAGGUGAGGGCCUAUGUCUAUGUGGUGGAGUUCCAGAAGAGGGGCCUACCACAUGCCCACUUCCUACUCAUCAUGCAGGGGCGGUACAAGCUUACGUGUCCCGAGCAGUAUGAUUGUCUCAUCUCAGCCGAGCUCCCGGACAAGCAUAAGUACCCAGAGCUAUACAAGAUGGUCGUCAAGCAUAUGAUGCAUGGCCCUUGCGGUGUGUUGAAUCGCGAUUGCCCGUGCACGAAGGACCGCCCGUCAUGCAAGAAUCAUUAUCCACGGCCUUUCAACGCGACUACCUUACAAGGCAAGGACUCCUACCCGGUGUAUAGGAGACGUGAUGAUGGCCGGCAUGCAAUGGUUCGCAAACACGAGCUAGACAAUUGGUGGGUCGUCCCAUAUAACCCUUACCUCCUGCGGCUGUUCAACUGUCACAUCAAUGUUGAGGCAUGCUCGAGCAUAAAGGCCGUUAAAUACCUAUUCAAGUACAUAUACAAGGGCCAUGACCGGGCCUCUGUGACUGUGAGCGAGGCUGACAAGGCAGACAGCAACGACAACAUAGAUGAGAUUAGGCAGUAUAGAGACGCGAGGUGGGUGACCCCUCCGGAAGCCUUGUGGAGGAUAUACGGCUUUGAAUUGAGCAAGAACUUUCCACCUGUGAUGCAGCUGCAACUUCAUCUCCCAAACAUGCACAUGGUUUCGUUUCAAGAGGGCCAAGAUAUCCGACAAGUGGUAAACCGUGAAGGUGCUGAUAAGUCAAUGCUGUCAGAGUACUUCGAGACGAAUAGAUUACAUGAGCAUGCUCGAGGUAUCUUGUACCGGGAUUUCCCCGAGUGGUAUACUUGGCAAAAAGGCAAGAAAAAGAAAUUCUGGCAAAGAAGGGUACGAGAAACAGGUGGACAGGUUGGUAGAAUCGUAUCAGCUCAUCCGGCGGAGGGGGAACGCUACUAUCUCCGGGUUCUCCUAAACCACGUGUCUGGUGCCACAUCCUACGAUGACCUAAGGAUGGUUGACGGCGUGAUCCUACCGACCUUUCGUGAAGCUGCAGAGAGAAGGGGCCUGAUCGAAGUAGACAACACACUGGAUGAGUGCCUUACGGAAGCCGAGUUAUUCCAGAUGCCACCAUCGCUCCGAAGGCUCUUUGCAACAAUAUUGGUAUUCUGUGAGCCCAGCGACGUGCAAGGACUCUGGCAAAAGCACCUGGAGGCAAUGUCGGAGGACUAUCGCCGUAAUAAUAUAUGCAUAGUCACUGUAGAACAAAUGGUUUUGAUAGAUAUCAGGAAUAUGCUACAGUCAAUGGGGAAGGACAUAAGGUCGUUCCCUCUUCCUGAGAUCGAUGAGGCACAUGAUACGGCCAGCGGUGUGCCUAGAGAGAUCUUCGAGGAGUCCACCAUCGAGCUCAACGUUGAGGACGCAACUCUGUCAGACUCCCUCAACACUGAGCAAAGGGCUGCCUACGAUGAGAUUCUAUCAGCUGUUGAUAGCGACGAGGGCAGCGUGUUCUUUGUGGAUGGACCUGGAGGCACCGGGAAGACUUUUUUGUACAAGGCGUUGCUCGCAACGAUACGCGGGCAGAAUAAGAUUGCUGUGGCAACAGCUACGUCCGGUGUUGCAGCUUCCAUAUUGCCUGGAGGAAGAACUGCGCACUCGCGCUUCAAGAUACCGCUGAGUAUUGACGAUGGUGCAUUUUGUAGCUUCACGAAACAGAGUGGGAUUGCCAAGCUUCUGCGGACUGCAUCACUCAUUAUUUGGGAUGAAGCCUCCAUGACUAAGAGACAGGCAGUGGAGGCGCUGGACAACAGCAUGCGUGACAUAAUGAGUCGACCAGAACUGCCGUUCGGUGGGAAGACGGGCUCAGAUAAUUGA